GCGUCACAUAUCAUGUUGGUGAUUUAACCAAGAAUACACACACACAUAUAUAUACUGAGUAGUGUAGUGUACGAAUAACUCCAACGACAAACAUUGUGUUCGUGAUUAUUGUAUAAAAGCCUGCUACGUGGACAGAAAGGACGAUUGCAAUUAUUUAUUCUCGUAAACAAUACAGUGCAGAGAAUAAUAAAAAAAAAAAAACAAAUGGGUAAUAACAACACAUGAUAAAAACAGGAUGGACAUCAUUUUUGUGAAUUAAUCAUCUCAUUUUGGAGAACAUUUCAAGUCUAAUUGAAACAUUUUAACUUUACGCUACACGAAUGGUGUUACUUAUCUAAAGUAAGACAGUUUGUCUCCUCACUUUCACUCCAAACAGACGCACGCAUUCAACUAUUGGGGGACUGUGAAGAUCGAAUGACAAAAUGAGGUGUGCUGGCCAGAGGAUUAAUAUGAGACGUUAUGUGGCUGUAAUGGUGUCUCUACCAUUGUUAAUGGAACUGUUCUGGUUGUUAUACUUCCUAACAAGUGAACAGAAUUUAAUUCCACAACUUUUGGAAAAUAGAAGUCGUGAUGUUACGGCACAGAUUUCACUACACCAGUUAAAGACAUUUAAACAAAAAGAACAAAUUCGACUUUCUGAACAUGACAAGAGAAGAGCAAUCAUGGAUUCUGAAUGUAGGAAAAUUCACAAAUAUCCACGGUCAAAUAAUCGUGCACUCAUAUACAACAAGGCACAUAAUUUGAUGUAUUGUGAGGUGCCUAAAGUGGGAUCGACAUUUUGGAUCAGAUUCUUACAUCAACUCAGAGCCAACACGACUGCGAGUCCAUUUGCAAUAAAACCCCAGUCCGUUACAGAUCUAAAAGUGAACGACAAAUGGAAGGAUAAAAAUGUGACUAUGGGAGACUCGACGAAUUUCUUAUUUGUUCGCAACCCAUUUCAUCGUUUGUUCUCCGCAUACAUUGAUAAACUGUUUUCUCCUAACCCAUACUACUGGUCUCUAUUAGGUAAAUACAUCAUUCAAAAAUUCAGAGGCAAGACAUCCCAUUGCGGACAUGAUGUCACCUUUCAGGAGUUUCUUCAAUAUGCAGUUCAUUCUGAAACAACACAUGAAAAACAGAACAACCAUGUCAUGUCCCUUUGGCAGUUGUGUUCUCCUUGUCAAGUGAAAUACAAUAUCAUCGGUAAGAUGGAAUCAUUUAAAAAUGACACAGAGUCCAUCAUGGAUAAACUGCAUCUCGAUCGGUACAAACAUAUAUUAAAAAAUAUGUCCGUUGACGCAUCUAAUGAUGCUUUAGGUGACACAGCCCAGGCAUAUAUUGUAAUGCGUUCUAGAGCUCAUAGUUGCAUCUCGCCAGAGGAGGCUGCGGACAGGAUAUGGACGAAACUGAAAGUCAGGGGAUUUAUCGAUAUCGACCAACCAGUUCCUUAUGGACUCAACCAGAAAAAUGAAAAACAAGUGCUUGACAUAUUUAAAGAUGCUAAUAGGAGAUCAGUUUCUAAGGUUGGAUAUGACGGACUAAAGCGUCAACAACAUGCAAUCUUUAAACAAGCGUUUAGGAAAAUAUCACGAAAAACUAUUGAAGAUAUAAAAGUCGCUUUUGAUAUGGAUUUUACAAUAUUUGGAUAUGACAAACAUUUAGACUUAACAUAUAACGAAUCAAAGGAUUCCAAUGUAUUCAUCAGUAAUACUUUGUUUUGAAUGUUGCACUUUGCCUUUUGUAUUUUACAUUGCCUUAGUUACAACAAGGAACCAGUAGUUAAUUUAACAAUAAACUAAUCAUCAAUUUAACAAUGAAAAAGCCAUUAAUUUAACUAUAAACCACUGAUGAAUUUAACUAUUAACUAAUCAUUGAUUUAACUUUGAACAAGCCAUUAAUUUAGCAUUAAACCAGUCAAUAAUUUAACUAUGAAAAGAUACGAAUUUAACUAUAAACCGAUAAUUAAUUUAACAUAAAUCAAUAAUUAAUUUAACUAUGAACCAGUCAUUAAUUUAACUAUGAACCUGCCAAUUAAUUUAACUAUGAACAAGUCAUUAAUUUUAGUAUGAACCAGUCAUUAACUUAACUAUAAACCAAUCAUUAAUUCAACUAUGAAUCAAUCAUUAAUUCAACUAUGAACCAGUCAUUAAUUUAACUAUGAACCAGUCGUUCAUUGAACUAUGAACCAAUCAUUGAUUUAACUGUGAUCCAAUCAUUUAUUUAACUAUGAACAAUUAUUAAUUUACAUACGAACAAGUCAUUAAUUUAACUAUGAACAAGUCAUUAAUUUUAGUAUGAACCAGUCAUUAAUUCAACUAUGAAUCAAGCAUUAAUUAAACUAUGAACCAGUCGUUUAUUUUGCUAUGAACCAAUCAUUGAUUUAACUGUGAUCCAAUCAUUUAUUUAACUAUGAACAACCAUUAAUUUAACUAUAAACAUGUCGUUAAUUUAACUGUGAACCAGUCAUUAUUAUAACUAUGAACCAGUCAUUAAUUUAACUAUGAACAAGUCAUUAAUUUUAGUAUGAACCAGUCAUUAACUUAACUAUAAACCAAUCAUUAAUUCAACUAUGAAUCAAUCAUUAAUUCAACUAUGAACCAGUCAUUAAUUUAACUAUGAACCAGUCGUUCAUUGAACUAUGAACCAAUCAUUGAUUUAACUGUGAUCCAAUCAUUUAUUUAACUAUGAACAAUUAUUAAUUUACAUACGAACAAGUCAUUAAUUUAACUAUGAACAAGUCAUUAAUUUUAGUAUGAACCAGUCAUUAAUUCAACUAUGAAUCAAUCAUUAAUUAAACUAUGAACCAGUCGUUUAUUUUGCUAUGAACCAAUCAUUGAUUUAACUGUGAUCCAAUCAUUUAUUUAACUAUGAACAACCAUUAAUUUAACUAUAAACAUGUCGUUAAUUUAACUGUGAACCAGUCAUUAUUAUAACUAUGAACCAAUCAUUGAUUUAACUGUAAACCAGUCAUUAAUUUAACUAAGAAAAAAGUCAUUAAUUGAACUAUGAACAGCAUCUAAUUAUCAAUGAACCAACCAAUAAUUGACUUUUGAACCUGUUACUAAUUCAGCAAUGAAACAAUCAUUUAUUUAGCCAUCAUCUUGUAUUUAAUUUAAUCAUAAACAGUUCAUUAAUCUAACUACAAAUCAACCAUUUAGUUAACUUCUACUUGCUGUUAUCCACCCGGGUAAGAUAGCGAGGACGCAAAAACCUAAAUCAUUCAGGAAAUAUUAAAUUCAUGUCCCGACUAUGAACACAAUCGUUUCCGAAUUUGCGUUAAAAGAGUACACUUUUCUUAAACUUACAAUUUCGUUUUGCUUUUUGCUUUUGUUUUUGUUUUUUUUGUUUUGCUUUUGUUUUUGUUUUACAAAGCGACACUGGAAACGUGGUUGCCCUAUUUACUUUAGUUUGUAGAGCAAUUGUAAGGCCACCUAACCCAUUCUUUGAUUUGUAUAUCAUAUUUAAAAGACGGUAAAACUAUUCCAAAGUUUUAUGCGUCUGCUUCAGGUGAAGGUUUUUAAAGUGACCCCUAACUAACCCACAUGUAAAGGUAAGGAAGCAUGUCCUAAAGCUGAGCAGAUUAAGCUUCAUAUAUCUCACGUGUAAUCUAUAAAUAACCCACGGUUACAGGAAAGUGUUCAAUACAGCUGACCAAUGAAGCAAAGCAUCAGAUUCAUCUUUCUUCUCCCCUACUUCUAAACUGGACACACUAAAAUGAAUUAACUUAAUCGUUUAACUCAUUACUUCUAGGGAGGGGCCGCGGUGGCCGAGUGGUUAAGGUGUACCGACACUUUAUCACUAGCCCUCCACCACUUGGUUGCGAGUUCGAAACCUACGUGGGGCAGU